AUGGGAACAAGCAGCGUUAAAGGAGGAAUGCAUAUCCAAUUAGAAAGCCGAUGCCUUCAGACAGGAUCCGAAGCCACAGGGGCGAUAAAUGUGAUGCUUCAAGAGACUUUACCUCCAUGCACACUCAUGCUUCAGUUUAAAGGAGUUGAAAAAACUCACUGGGUAGAGCGAUAUAGUGACGCUCCAGAUGCUGACCGAAGUCAUUGACAUCUUAAAUCAGAGUCUGCGCACUUCAAUGGGCAUCAGAUUAUUAUUAAUGUGAGAUAUCCUAUUUAUCAUUGGAACUGCAAUGUUCCUCCAGGAUCCUAUACAUUUCCAUUCAGUCUUAGGCUUCCCCAUCAACUUCCAGGCUCUUUUACAUUCUCAAAAGGAUCAACUCAUGCGAGUAUUGAAUACCAUUUCAAGUCAAAAUUUAUUCUACCAAAUCGCAAAAAAUUAAAAGACAAAGUAGAAGUUCAUAUUUAUGAAAAAAUAGAAGCUUUUUCAACUAAUAUCGUUCUAGAAGAAACAAUUCCUCUGGAAGGCUGCUGCACAAAUAAAGGUACUUUUUAUUUUAAAUCAAAGUUCAGCCAAGAUGCAUACACCCCUGACCAAGUUGCUAGUGCUAUUAUUGAAGCAGACAAUACCUAUGGAAACCUUAAAAUCACGCAUUUAGCAUGCACUUUGUGAAGGACUGUUAGACUUCGCGUUGUAACUUCAACAUGGUUUACUAAAUUCCCCUUAAUUUUUAUUUUAAAAAAAAAAUUACCUAUAAAAUUUUAUAGCAAAAAUUUUUUUUUUUUAAAAAUUGGAAAACAAAUAUUAAAAAAUAUAUUUUAAAUGCAAGUGGUUUAAAAAUUAAACAGAAUUAUUAGAGAUUUCAUUAUAAUAAUUAUCACUUAUAUGUUAAAAUAUUUUUUUGCUGCUAACGGAGGGUGGUUUUUGGGUAAAAAUUAUGGAUUUUUUCAAUGGUUUUGUUCGCUUAUAGAGUGGGGAUAAGGAAAAAAUCCUUGAGGUUCGGACUAGAGGAGUUGGCAUAGGUGAAAAAUUAUCUGAGUCUGAUGCCGUAUUUUUAAAUCUAGAUUUGCCAUCAGUCCGCCACUUAAUUGGCUCUAAAUUUUCAACAACGGGCUCUAUUAUUGAGUGUAUGUAUUCACUAGACUCGCAUGCGAUACUUGAAGGAUGCUCUCUAUGUGGUGGUGAGAAUCCAUCAAUAGAAAUACCUAUGAUAAUAUAUGCGAUGUAUGCACAUCAACCAGAAUUAAAAUAUGGUGUCUUAGCCCAGGCAAGGUAUCUCGACCAUUCAGCUUUGAGCACAUAUUUUAAUUAUAUCCGGCAAGGUUUUUUACAGCUCAGAAAUGAAUAGCUAUGCUAGGAAACCAAAUCACAAAUUCGUUUAGGGCCUAGCUUAGUUAGCUUUCAGAACUGGAUUCUACAUCGAGGGAAAGUAGGGGUUGGAGAUGAAAAGGGCAACCUUUUAGGCGUAUCGGGCAGCUCCCUAGCGAGACCAGGAGUUACGCCCUGGACUACAAAUUUUUUUACUUUCGCCAACAGUUGGGUAGAAAUUCCAUUUUUGGGAACUUCUGCUCAGGCAACCUCGUCUGGCGUAUGACGCACGGUAUCCCAACCACUUCACUCUCCGUUAGACUCAAACCUCAGGCGUAGAGGAGUUAACCUCUGGUAAGAUGGCAAGCGGCCCCAACGAAGCAAAGUGAAAACGUACCUAAUGCUAUAAUCUAACUUAAAAAUAUUAAAGUUAAUGCAUGCACAUCCACCAAGACAAAUUGAGAUUCCUCAAGGGUGGAACCCUCAGGUAUUUGAGCAGGUGAGAUUCUAA